GGCACACAGGACUGUGUGUGCAUGAUGACUUCGGGGCUGCUCAAUGAUAAGGAAUGUAACAGGACACGUGCUUUCGUGUGUGAGAAAAGUAAGUCUUUCUCAAAAAGCUAACAGACCUUUAGUUUUUAAAAAAGAAAUCAGCAAAAAAAAACCAAAAAAAAAACCAACAACUUUAUUUCAACACAGACACAACACAUGCACACACAAGCCUAGAAAUCUGUAGUAACAUCACUUCAACUCCCGUAGCCUGAACGCAUCAUGCGUACGUGCUAUUGUCAACAAUGCAAAGUUCCGGUCGCAACAUGUACCCAGGAAUGAAAAGGAAGAUAUGUAGGGUAGUCUUUGCCGGAGAGGGGGAAUCUCGACCCUGGGGGAUGGGGGCGGGGCAAGAAUGAUUCUUAGUUGACCAUGAAGCCUGGUCAACCAGUGAAGUGUUUCAAUACACGAGUAUACAAACACGUGUUCUCAAGGAGAUGUUGCACGCACCUCUGCUUAAUCUAAGAUGAUCUUCAAUAAAACUGAAUACCAGUGAUACGCCCAUUUACCAAUACUUCGUGAACAUGGAUGCAUUUGAGUGACAAAUGCUGGGUGGUGGAUUACAAUUUACAAUGUUUGAUGUGCAAACCAGAAAAACGUAUUGUUCAACUUUAUAAUUUUUUUCUUUGGUAUUGGAGGUUUCAGAUUUUAAAAAAAGAAAUGUCAUCUUUACAUCAACCCCCAACCACCCCUCCACAAAAAAAAUAAAUUGUUACUCCUGUUUUUCAAAGGGGAAGAUGAAGGAAAUAUAUGAAACUGAAAUCACGAAUUAAAAUUCCCGAUAACUGCGCUAAAUGAUAUUAUUUUUUUUUAAAAUCGCUAGUGCGUUUGGUGCGUCAUAUUUUCUUUUGAUUUUCUGAAAAAAACGUUGGUGAAAUAAGUUGGCGGUUUUAAAGCUGGUGGGACAUUAGAAUAUUAAUACAGUUCAGGUGCGUAAAAAAUUUUUGCGGUUGCGAGGCCAUGGCCGGGGGUGGGAAGGGGGGGGGUUGGAGCACUAGAUGCGAUUCUUAUAAAGUGCGUUACAUUCAUUCAUGUUUUGUCCGAUGUUCAGAUCCAACCCCCCCCCCACAUUGCUGGAUAUUACAUUUUAUAAUGAUUUCUUGGGAACACUUUCAAGAUGCGGGAGCUUCGGUGCAAGUUAUUUUGAUGCUUUCUUUGUGUUAGUGUAAACACAUUAAGUCCAUUUUGUGUUAUUGGAACGCUAGUAGAUCGUUAUUUUAAAAAGUGAAAAGAUCGACAUUUCAUUCAUGCUUCUUAGCAAAAAAAAAAUAAUUUCCAAAAUGAUUUUGAAAUGAUCAGGAUUAUUUCCAAACAUAUGAAUGUGAUGGUGCACUAAACGAUGAUGAUUAUUUCCUAAAAGAUGAGUGUAAUAGUGCACUAUAUGAUCAUGAUUAUUUUCCAACAGAUGAAUGUUAUGGUGCACAGUGGACGUCAAACAGAACGUGCUUGUAUAUAAACUUUACCAAGAAAAAUAUGUCUACUGCACAGGUGAGAUCAAAAUCAAAGGCAUUAAACAUGAGAGUGUGUAUGAAAAAUGUAAUCGUAUGAGAAACGUCUGACUGCAGCAUGGAGACGUAUUUGUUCUUCCACUAUAGGUGUAUGUCGGGGGUUUUGUGGGGUGUGGGUGUGGGUAGCGCAUUAAAAUUUAAAGGUGCUGGGGGGGGCGCUGUUUAAGGGUGUUUGGGGGCAAAAAAGUUUGUGAAACAGUCCACAAACUCCACAUUUUCGGAAAAAAAGUUGUACUCUACUUGUGAAUUGUUCUAGUGCAACAGUUUGGAUUAGGAAGAGAAGUUAAUCUAUUUUUUAAUAGAUUAAUUAAUUUUCAUAUAACUGAGUUUGAUGAAAUGGCCUUAAAAUUCCAUCAGAAUUUAUAUCCAAAACUUAUGGAGUUAAUUUUUGUACAUACACGUUUUUAUACGUUUGUUUAUUAAAAAAAUGCAUCGCUGUUAUAUAGUUGUACACAAUUUAUUGAAAACUAAACAAAUAAAUAUGCGUCAUUUCAUUAAGAAUGUGUGCCAGUCCUCGGGAGACAAACUUGCCGAACUGACGACAGCUGAAAAAUUUCAAGUCUUGAGCAAUUGGCUGAAAGGAAAUGCCACUGAAUGUAAGUGUUAAAAAAAAAACAAAGCAACAUUUUCUAAUACAAUCUCUACUCUAACAUCGGUAUUUAUACCUAGGCAAUUUUCUAUUUUUCCUGGUAUUCGUCUCUCACAAUGUGAGGAUGGUGUAGACUUCGCUGGACCAAAGCCAAAAGGUCUGGUUGUUUUUGUUUUUUAAUAGUUUAGCUGGUUCCCACACAGCUAAUCGCCUCUCUCCACGCCACUGGAUAACCCAAGAGAAGAUCAUGUGGAUGAUACAGCUCGGACACCAGCGGCUUCGCAGAGGUAAUCGAAAUGUUACAUUGUGGCAAUGGAAUCCGCCUACGAGACCUCAUCUUCGGGUUUGCCUACCCUUAGAUGGGGAUGUUCUUGCUUGACUUGGCUUUGGUGGGGCAUGAGCUCGAGACCAUGAACCCUGAGACUGACUCAGUCUAGAACAUCGGCCACCCAGCACUUGGUACUUGGUGCCUAUGUAAUUAAGUUUUGAUAAUGACGAUAAUGUAUCUCAAUGAGUUUGCAUUGAUGCUAAUAGUGUGUGGGAUAUUUAUGUUUAAUUUAUUGCCAUUGUCCUAUUUUAAAGGAAAAAAUAUAUUUCUUUUUUCACUAAAGCUAAUAAUCAUUCAUGAUCUCUUUUGGCCUCGCUAUGGUGAACAGGAUUUAUCUUUUGAAAUUUCAUUCCUUUUAAAUUGACAGAAAACAUGUGAUUACUUUACCAGUCCCGCCAAACAUGGGCGACAGCAAUGCGUGGACUUCCCAUCUAUUAAAGUUACUUGAAAAAUAAAAAUGAACUCAAGAAAAACACAUUUAAGAAUCCCAAAUUUUGCUGCACCCCUUUCCACCAUGAUACGCCACUGAACACUUUUCAUUUCACGCCCAUGAACUAUAUUAAAUAUUCUGAUGUCGCAACCACUUUUAAACCGAUUUUUUCUUUACACAAUCAUAAAAUUGAGAGGAUUUCAUUUUUCGAAAAGAAAAUAUUACGUACUAAACUACUAAACGCAGCUGCUUUAUUUCAAAUAUAUAUAUAUAUAUAUUAUUUAGAGUUGUUAAAUUGUAUGCGCUGGUGAAUUCAUGAUUGAACAACACUUGAUUUCAAACAUAUAUAACUAUUUUUAAUCUACUCUGAAAACCAAGUACGCUAAAUAGGAAGCAGCCAGAAAUGGAAGCAGUAGCAGUCCACGAGUCACAUCAAAAGCGUCAUAAAUAUUGGAGAUGCAUGUUAGAGUUACCCGCAUUCUCAGAAUUUUUGUUGGAUGUAAGCAUGUCAGUAAGCUUAUAUUGGUAUUUAUUAAUUUUCUUUCUGAAAAGAUUUGAUUGGGGCUUACUACCUAGAAGGUUCAUUUGUGUGGAAUGUAAGUAGACUUCCGAUUCGUCUCAACUGGUGGAAAA